ACGUUGCCGGUCCUCAUACAUCCCCCUGCAGCCGUGUGAGGCAGAGCGAGGAGAGGGAGGUGAGAGCACAUCCGAGUCCCGUGCAAACCGCAGGACCACAUACCACCUGGCCGAGACAUCGACGCGCUAACGGCGAGCCGCACAGGACGGGUGAGUGGCCCGUAGGACGUCCGUGUACUGCCACACACACACACAGAGAGAGAGAGACGGAGAGAAGAUUCCCCGAGGUCCAAUUCUAAAGCUUUCAUCUGGUCACUUGGAGCUGCCGCAGCUCGGAAGACCAACACUAAAAGGAUCAACUGCGGUUGGAGCCCUCAAGGUGUGAGUUCGCAGGAGAGGUGAGGUCUCUUCCCAGCAUGCCACUGGCGCGGCAGCAUCACCGGGCCGCUGGGCCCACAGCAGUCUGGAUCCUUGCUUUUGCUCUGUUUAUUGCUCUUCAGGGCGCCGCUCAUGCUGCUCCAUCAGGAGGCAACAAGCUGGUUCGUACCACCAGAGUGAGGCGACAGACCCCGGAGGGCCGUCCGCCGCCCUCCGCUCCCUCAGCCAACGAGAGCCUGCCGGAGCAACCGCUGGUCUUCAACCACAUCUACAACAUCAAUGUGCCCAUGGAGGCCCUGUGCUCGGUGGACCUGGACGCCUCCGCACCCCCUGCCCCGGGGGACGGUUCUCGUGCUGAGUUGGGGUCAAGAGCUUCUGUGGAGGGGCCAGUGGAUCACAGGGGACCAGCAGAAUACACGGAGCAGACGCUGGAUGCAGACAGCCAGGUAACAUUCACUCACCGCAUCAACAUCCCAAAAGCUGCAUGCGGCUGUCCGACAACAACCACAAUCCAGCAACUUGCCACCAGGGUGGAGAUGCUGGAGAGAGAAGUUUCCCUCCUCAGGGCUCAGUGUGGGAGCUCUGGGUGCUGUGGGGAGAGCUCCGCCAUGGGUCAUCUGGACUUCGUCCCCGGCUGCGGCGGCCACGGCAGCUUCAGCUUCGACCUUUGCGGCUGCAUCUGUGAGGAAGGUUGGGGCGGCAAAAACUGCUCGGAGCCGCGGUGCCUGGACGACUGCUCCGGCCAGGGCGUGUGCGUGGAGGGCGAGUGCAUAUGCGACCGCGACUUCGGCGGCGACAACUGCUCGGAGCCGCGGUGCCCGGCGGACUGCUCGGGCCGCGGGCUCUGCGUCGACGGGGAGUGCGUGUGCGAGGAGUCCUUCACCGGCGAAGACUGCAUGGUCGGGAGGUGUCUGAACGACUGCUCGGACCAGGGGCUGUGCACCAACGGCACGUGCCAGUGCAGGCCCGGCUACGUGGGGGAGGACUGCUCGCUGGUCUACUGCGCCAACAACUGCAGCAAGAAGGGAGUCUGCAAGGAGGGAUUCUGUGUGUGCCAGGACGGCUUCGCGGGGGACGACUGCAACUCCGUGGCACCGGCCAUGAAUGUGAAGAUACGAGGCGUGACCGAUUGCACGGUGGACGUGGAGUGGGAGGGGUCUGUGGUGCUGACAGAUUUCUUAGUGACCUACACACCCAGCAGCCCCGGAGGUGUGCAACUGGAGAUAAGGAUUCCAGGCAAUGCCACCGCCUACACUAUCUCAGGCCUGGAGGCCGGCGUGGAGUACAACAUCAACGUGUUUGCCGUCAUUAACAACAGUAUCAGCGUCCCUGCCAGCGUCACCGUCUCCACCUAUCUCUCCAACCCAGAUGGGUUGGUCUUCAAAUACAUCACAGAGACGUCAGUGGAGGUCCAGUGGUUACCCUUCUACUAUUCCUUCGAUGGAUGGGAGAUCAGCUUCAUCCCCAAGGACAAUGAUGGAGGGAUGACUGCACAGCUGCCCAGCACCAUCACUUCCUUUGUUCAGACCGGGUUGAGACCAGGGGAGGAGUAUACCGUCAACCUGGUGGCGCUCCGAGACCAGGGGCGAAGCCAGCCAGUCACGGCUACUGUCCUAACAUUGAUUGAUGGCCCUACUCUCCUGAUUGUGCGGGACGUGUCGGACACCGUGGCGUUUGUGGAGUGGACGCCGCCGAAAGCCAAGAUCGACCAGAUUGUGUUACGUUACGGCCUGGUGGGGGGAGAGGGCCCCCGGACCACCUUCCGCCUGCAGCCCACACUCAGCCAGUACUCGCUGCAGGUUCUGCGUCCCGGCUCGCGUUACGAGGUGUCCGUGAGCGGAGUGAGGAAGGGAAACGAGAGCGGCUCUAUUUCCACCGAAUUUACCACCGAGAUCGAUGCCCCCAAGAACCUGAGACUCGUGUCCAAGACCUCGACCGGCCUGGAGAUCGAAUGGGACAACAGCGAGGCCGAGGUGGAGAGCUACCAGGUGGUGUACAGCACUUUAGCGGGAGACCUGUAUGAUAAAGUCAUUGUACCACGCAAUGAGGGAACCACCACUAAGACCUCGCUCACAGACCUGCUUCCGGGCACCGAGUACGGCAUCGGCAUCUCUGCCAUGACGGGAAGCAACCAGAGCGCCCCGGCAACGAUGAACGCCAGGACGGGCCUGGACGUGCCCAUGGAUCUAACUGUGGUGGCUUCGACAGACAACACCAUCACUCUGGUGUGGGGCGUGGUCCAGGGCCCCAUCGACCAUUACAAGGUCACCUACACGUCCUCCUCCGGCACCACUGCUGAGCUGAAUGUGCCCAAAGACGUUACCACCACCACUCUGAUUGACCUUGAGCCCGGGACCGAGUACACCGUCACGGUGGCAGCGAGGAGAGGAAGGCAGCAGAGCACUGCAGCGACCAUAGACGCCUUCACAGGAAUCAGGCCCGUAGCCCACCUCUACUUGUCAGAGGUGACUUCAGACUCGGUGCUGGUGGCGUGGAGCGCCCCGGCGCCGCCCGCUGACCUCUUCAUCCUGAGCUACAGCUCCGCAGAUGGGACCGACACCUCUAAGGUGACGCUGGACGGCUCCAAGAUGAGGUCACAGGUCCAGGGGCUGCUUCCCUCCACCCAGUACACCGUCAGUCUGAUCACGAUACAGGGCGACGUUACCUCUGAGCCCAUUACAGCAUCGCUCACCACAGGCAUGGACCCGCCAAAAGAGAUGACCGUGGCAGAUGUGACGGAGGAUGCGGUGACUAUUUCUUGGAUCAAACCGCUGGCUCCAUUUGAAUAUUACAAGCUGUCCUACCAAUCAGCCAGAGGCCGCGUGGACAGCGUGGUGAUUGACAGCGAUGUGAACAACUACACCUUGUCCAGCUUGUUUCCUGCCACAGAGUACGAGAUCAGCCUCAACGCCGUCCGAGCGAGUCAGGAGAGCAAAGUGGUCAGCACCUCCGUCUUCACAGCGAUGGACAUGCCAGCUGAACUGACAGCGCUCAACAUCACCCCUCAAGGAACCCUGCUGAGGUGGAAUCCACCUGUUUCCAGUGUGGACAACUACGUGCUGACCCUCACAUACAACCAGGUGACGGCUGAUACUUUCCUUGUGGAGGGAAACAAGCAGGAGCACCAGCUGUCCAACCUCAAGCCAAGCACCACCUACUCUGUAGCCCUCUACGCCACCAAAGGAGCCCUCACCAGCGGCACCGUCAUCACCAACAUCCAGACGCCCAUGGACUCGCCCCUGAACCUGACGGCCAGUGAAGUGAAUCACCGCAGCGCUCUCAUCUCCUGGCAACCGCCCAUCGCAGAAAUCGACAACUACAUGCUAACCUACAGGUCCACCGACGGCAGCCGGAAGGAGCUGAUCCUGGAUGCGGAGGACACGUGGAUUCGACUGGAGGGGCUGGCGGAGACCGCGGAGUACACCGUCAACCUGCAGGCUGCCAGGGGACUGGACACCAGCGCGGUGGUCUCCACCACCUUCACCACAGGGAGCCGUCUGUUUGCAACACCUCAGAAUUGUGCCCAGCACCUGCUGAACGGAGAGGCGCUGAGCGGCGUCUACACCAUUUACAUCAACAGAGACGCCAGCCAGGGUGUGCAGGUGUAUUGUGACAUGACCACGGACGAAGGAGGCUGGAUUGUAUUUCAGCGUCGUCAGAACGGCCUCACAGACUUCUCCAGGAAGUGGAGCGACUAUCGGGUCGGCUUCGGGAACCUGGAGGACGAAUUCUGGCUCGGUCUGGACAACAUCCAGAGGAUUGCUUCUCAGGGCCGCUACGAGCUGAGAAUUGACAUGAAGGACGGACAGGAGUCGGUCUACGCCAACUAUGACAAGUUCUCCAUUGGAGAUGCAAAAAAUCACUACAAGCUACGGCUGGGAGAGUACAAUGGCACCGCUGGUGAAUCUCUGAGCUACCACCAGGGGCGGGCCUUCUCCAACAAGGACAGAGACAAAGACAUCGCCGUCACCAACUGCGCCUCGUCUUACAAAGGAGCGUGGUGGUACCAGAACUGCCACAGGGGCAACCUCAACGGCAAAUACGGAGAAUCCAGACACAGCCAGGGGAUUAACUGGUACCACUGGAAAGGCCACGAGUUCUCUAUUCCUUCUGUGGAGAUGAAGAUGAGGCCGUUCAACUUCCGCAGCAUCAGCAGCAAGAGGAGGCGGUCCGCCCCUGUGUAAACACCCCGCCUCCUCCCGACCACCCAGGCUCCUGGGUAAAUGGAGUUCGGACUGAUGUUUGCCGAUGUCUCUGCUCACUGUGUGCACCACUGAAGUGCUCUUCGAUGCAUUCGAGUGUUGCUGCAAAGAAACCGCGCGGUUAUAAGCGAAAAGCUACUAAUAUUUUAUUAAUAUUCGGUUGUACAAAAGAAAAAAGGAAAUCUCAUGACUAUUGAUGUACUACCAACACGUAGAAACCGUUGACGUGAUCGUGGAAUAUGAGAGAGGGCGAAACGGUGUCCGAACUCUGUUUAUCACGGCCUCAGCCAGGCUUUAGCUGUGUUUUCCUGCUGUACUUCUACCCAAACGAUAGAGGACAAUGUAUGUAAUUUAUGAAACACUUUGAAUGACAAUGGUUCCAUUUGCCGUAAAAAAAAGAGAAAAAAAAUAGGAAAGGCAAAGCAAGAAGCUUUUGCUUUCUUUAAGUCUGUGAUUUGCCGUUCCUGGAAUGCAAGGAAAUGCCUCAGAAAUGCCCUUAAUACUAAGAUUAUUUUAACCCUUUUGAAAAAAUCAAAACACUUUUAACAAAAAUAUACUGUAAAUGCCCUUAAAACCCUUAAGUGUAAGAUAAAUAUAUAUUUUUAUAGCUGAUAUUGUGAAAGAUUCAUCUAUUUAAUAUAAUUUGAUGCAUCGGUGUUUGAGCCUCUAUUAAGUUAAUCUAAUCGUAUAACAUGAUAACCCCCAUGGACAUAAGAGAUAAGAAUAAUAUCAAAAACUAAACUGAACAUCCAGGAUUAUUAGCAGGCAGUGCACCAGCAACAGCUUCAUUACCAUGUAUUUAGUUUAUUUAUUUCAUCUCUGUCUGUGUUACUGUUGACUACAGCAUCCUUUGUGUUAAUAAAGCAAAAGGAUUUUUUUAUGUUAAACUAUUAUUAUUAUUGAUACCAACACUGAGAGAAUUUGCACUACAAGUGGAAACACCGCAAAGCUAUUCUGGUUCAAGUUAUUUUUUUUUUAGUUCUUGGGCAUUAAGAUAUUAUUUCCUUGACCUUUUAGAUGCUCCGAUGCCUGCAGAGAUGAUGCAGACAGAUGAAACAUUUGAAGCUGAGGGAGGCCAUUUAAUUUCAGCAUUACAGGGGAAAGAUUCCACGAUAACCUUUCAGCAUAUAUUGUAAUUCAAGUAGUACUUUAAGACCAGACUUUUUCUGAAAAAGACCAAAAAACACAAUGAUUUAAAAUGCUGAUUAAACCACGCUCACCCUGCAGCUCCCCCUCUUAUUUCUAAACUGUUGAAUAGCGGAAACAAGAAUUCUGGUGAACCUUUACUGUCGCUGCAAAGCUAGAGAGACUAUUAGCAGUAUCUACAUCGUCUGAAACGCUUUCUUUUAGUCCAUCUUCUUUAUUCGGGGGUUGCUAUGGAGUGCAGGUUGUCGCCACUGUUGCUGCAGGAUAGGCCACUCGACGCUUUCCUCCGUAGGGACGUUCGCUUAAAUCUGUAUACGCAUAAACAGCCAAUAGGAUUUUGUAUCUGAAACCUGUUAUUAUGGAGUUUUUUUCCCCAAUGGUGCCAUACAUAUUUCGGAUACCCCAACUUAAACCAAAGAUCUGCAUAGUAAAGACUCACCCUGCAGUUUGAAAACAUGCCAGUUUGCUUUUUCAGAUCUUCACUUUCCAGGGACUCCCGUGUCCCUUGGUGUUAUUUCAUGCAAUGUUACUUCUAUGCAAAAGAAAGUUGGGUGGACUUUAGCCUGGCGUCUCUCCCACUGGUUGCAUGAAAGGAACUUAACAAAGACAGCAGAAGAGUCCGUGGAGUGGAGCCGAGUUCUUCUUCUGAACUCUUCUUUCACUUGCUUGGCUAUUUAGGGUCCCCAGUGAAACCACAGAAACAGCAGAUCUGGCACAGAAAGUAUUGCUUUUAGUGGGGUGGGUGCGAUCUGCAGCAUGCCCACCAAGCGUUUUGUUUUCAUUCAGUGUUCACAUUGUCACACAAAGCGUGCGGUCCAUUACAGUCCUCGGGAAAGCAAUGUAACCAAUCCUGCAAGCGACAUUUAGUUUUAUUUAAACGUUCAAUAAUCUAAUUUAAACAGCUGGAAAUCUUACUCUUAAGGAGACUUUGUCAGAAAAUCUGGCUUGUAUCUGCAUAUUUUCAACUUUGCCCUCUAUUAACUACUAAUAUACUCACAUAGAAAUAGAGUUGAAGACUUUUGAUGUGUUACCCCUUUAGAUGCAAACUAAUUGGGUCUGCCCUCUGAAACAUUUCCCUUUUAACUUCUUUUAACCAUUUUUAUGUUGAAGGUUGAAUCGAUCCCACUGCAUGUUCACGAAAUCACGAUCAAGAGUCUAAUAGUGAAUAACACAAGUCAUAAGAACAUUUUAGUAGUGACACAUUUUCUUUGCUGAUCCGGGUAAAAGGUUCUCUUGAAAUAGUUUGUACGGUAGCGUAUGUAGAUAAUAGAGAUUCAUUAAGCAUCCAAGCUGCAUUGUACCCGCAUGGGUAGACUAAAAGCAACAUGACCUAAAAUGUAAUCUAGAAGAAAACGGUUUAAACGUGUGACCUUUCCCAGGUCUGAUUUACGGUUUACUGUCAAGGUGACUGUUUCAGAGCCUCUCAUGCAAUCCAUCUCCCACAGUGAUUUAUCGUAGAAUAGUGAAUUCUCCAAGUACUUAUUUCAUUAACUAUUUAGAUGAAGUUUGCCUCUGUGCAUUUUGUAACAAUGGACAAAGGUCACAAAGCUUUGCAGAAAAGGAACAGAAUGUUGUUUGUAUUUAGGGAUUUAUCUCAUGGCAAACUAUAAGAUACUCUUAUUAGAAGUGUUUUACAUAUAUUUUUUUCCUUUUUCCUCGUUUAUUACCUUUAUCCUGUCAAUCAAUGGGAAACCCACUAAGGGAAAUUGUUUGGUUCAAGUUGCAUUACUAUGGACAAUUUAAAUGAUUUGUUUGGAGGGAUUGUUUGAAAGGAGAAUUUCCUCCAUCUUUUUAUUUUCUUACAGGAAACUAGUUCCUGCUAAUUUAAUUUAUUCUACUUUAUUAAUUCUCCAAUCAUUUUUACUGAUGCAUCAUUGUGUAAAAACACAAUUAACUAUGGUCCCCUGUAAUUUCAAAGCGAACAUGCUUUAUUUCAUGGGUUUACUUUUAAAUGUGAAUUAACUGAUAUACCAGCCUGCAUGGGCAUAUCUGUUAUAUAAGCCAGACACUGAAACUGCAUUGAAUUAAAAUCUUGCCAUGAACAUGUUGAUAAAAUCUUGACUGUGAGAAGUUCAUUAUGCUGAAACUAAGGAAUUAUUGCUGGAUAGCCUUGGAUAUUACUGUCAAAUGAAGCUCUAGUUUGACUUAAACAUGUACUAUAUAGUUCCUUUUUUAAUACAUUUUCUACAUAUUAAUAAAAUAUUCAAAUCGUCCGA